AGUUGCUGUCGAGGGUAUGUUUUGGUGAUCGGGGAGGGCCCGCCACGCAUUAUUUAUCCCAUUAUUUCGUUCUUAUGGAUAUUUACGUAUAACCAAGGACUCCAGUUAGGACAGAAAUGGCUGCAGUGGACAAAUUGUACAACCUUUCUCUCUGUGUUCAGGAAAAAUGUUCAAAUGGAUGUGAUAGUUUUGAGGAACAUUUCCUUUGGCUGGAGGGUGUCAUUGCUACCGCUCGUCAGACGUUUACUUCUGCUGAUCCAGCAUUCUUGCCCAAGACACCUCGGAUUAAAAAGAAAUGUCAACAAAGGAGACCUCUUCAACCAGACAUAAAUGAAGAGGAAGAAUUGUCUCCAAAUAAAAGGUCACCAUCUGGAAGCUUGAAAAAUGACAGCGAUGCACAGAGCCCAGUUGAAGCUCCUCGGAGAAGGGGUAGAGCUGCAUCUAGGAUUGCUCAGGAGAAGAUGAAAAGAGAUCUUUUGAUUAAUGCAAAGCGAAAAUUAAGGAGGCCUUCUACGCCUGAAGACUUGCGUACGUCCAGGAAAAAAGGAGGGACACGACAUGCAGUUGAUUACAUAGAUUCACAUGACAGAAUCUCCAGUCCAGAAGACACAGGAAGAAAUACAAACACUUCCAGGUCUCAGGAAAAAAAUAACAAUAACAAGAAAACCUCCAGAUCACAAAUUAAACAAAAUUCAGAUAGUAAUCCAACCCCUGAUUUAGUAUUUUCUCGAGACGCACCAAAGAAUAAUUCUUUCUCCCGAGACGAACCUAAAGAAGAUCCUAAAUUUUCUCAAACCACCCCAAAAAAGAAGAGAAGCAGUACGAGUCGUGUAAGCUUAAGCUUAGUGCUAGAAAAAAUAAAUGACACAAAUGAAGCAGAUAAAAAUGUCUUGGAAAAUAUUACAAAAGUCUGUUUAUCAAACAUAGCACAAGAGAAAGCAGAGGAACAAACUCGGGUUUCAGAUGAGAAUUGUACAUAUUCUGAACUCCGGUUGGAAGAUAGUGAUGAUGAAAGUGAAGUUGAAAAAGAAUUGAAUACACAGUUGUUGCAAGAGAAGAUCAAUGAAGGCAAGAAAGAAGAAUCGUCCUCCCUCAAGAACUUGACCCAAACUGUGUGUGAAGAAAGAAAGAAAUCUGGUAACAAAUGUAUACUUUCUCAGGCUCAGAACUUUAUGGAGAAAAGUGAAGUGUUGCCACAGGACUCUGUACAACUUUCUCAACCUUUACCAAAUGGUCAAACUUCUCCCAAACAACAAAGAGAAUUACAAUUGAAAUUGAAUGAUGAGACAGAUAACUGUCAUAAAAUUGUUGGUGUAACUAAUGCACCUGAUCCAGUUUGUAAAGACAAAUCAGAAAGUGGGUCAGCUUCUGAGAGCUCUACUCAAAUUGUAUGUGUGAAACCAGAAAUAUUACCAAAGUGCUCUGAACAAAUCUUGCCAUCUUUAUCAAAGGGUCGAACAACUCGCACCAAACAAAGGGAAUUACAACUUACAUUAAAAGAUGAGACAGAUAACUGUCAUAAAACAAUAGAAAUAGUAGUUGACCCACCACCUCCAGUUCCCCAACCGAGAUCCACCCGUACUAAGCAAAAAAAAAUGUUGGAAAUAAACUGCAUAAGCGAUGAUGAAUCAGAUAUCCAAAUGUUCCCUCCUACAAAUAUGGUAAAAUCAAGAGUAACAAGGUCAAAGUUGAAGACAAAAGAAAACUUGAGAAUUGUUGAAAAUGAAGGAUCAGUGGAGGAUGGCAGUAAUGUUCAUAGAGAAACUUUGUCACAGCAUACUGCAGAUGUUAGCAAGCCUCGUUUAGCUCGUACUAAAACAAAAAUGGCUGAUUAUACUGAUGAGGCAUCUUGUGGCAAUUCACAAAAUCCAAGAUCGACAAGAACAAAAAAGCGAGAGGUAGAAGAGUACAACGUUGAACAGUCUACUCGAACCACAAGAACAAAGCGCAAGAAAUUUGAAGAACUAUCAGAAAAAGAAUCGGAUGAUCAACAAAAUCAUAGUUUGCGUCUAACACUCUCAGAAUCUGACGAUGAAACAUAUUCGGUACCACGUCAAGUAGAAAUGAACUCUACAUUUGUUAAACCAGAUUCCCAGAAUGCCUCAAAGACGGCUUUAAGAAAUCGUGAUGAAUCGGCAGAUUCUGUUUCAUCAGAGACCUCUGUAAAAUCAAUACAGUUGGCUGCAACCUGUGUGCCUGCCAAUGCAACUAUAGUUAAAAUGGGUAAAUCUAGUGAAAAUACAGAAACCAUUCCAGUUCGUCGUAUAACUCGAUCUAAGGUUCGACAGUUACCAGCUUUAAUGGCAAGCCCAAAACGGUCUCCAUCUCUCCAUAUUGGCAAGGUUUUAACUCCAAAGUCUCCAUCGCUUUCUAAUUUUAAACGUAUAUGCUGCACUCCUAACUCAGAUACUGAAGAUCCAAAGGCACCUGCUACACACAAAAAGGGAAUUGUGGUCAAGAGCCCAGUGAAACACACAUUGAAACCAUUUGCCAACUCAAGAUCAUGUCUUUCAGUGCGGGACAUGGCAUCUGCAUACCAAACUCAUAUUGGAGAAAAGCUUAAUGAAAUAGAGGAACUGACAUCUGAAACAUGUGAGGUGAGAAAUUCACCAGCUCGGGUCACACGGCAUGCUCAAUGGAAAGAUGGCAAGCGUGACAGCUCAACGAGGUGUUUGGCUCGCAAGAGUUUGAAACGGGCGUUAGUGAUUGCAAGGAAUGCUGAAUUUAAACAAUCUUUAAUGUCAAAGUCUCCAGAGGGUUGUGGCACUCGUAUGAGUCCUUCAGCCAGAACUCUAUCUCCAGCUUGCUUGUCUGAAAAGGUUAUACAUCCAAAGAUAAAUCGGCUGCUUACCAACAGCUGUAGUAGCAGCAUCUAUGGCACCACUAGUCGUGUCACACCCAAGACGUAUUCAAAAAUACGACAGCUGCACAUCACGACAUCCUCAGAGCUUAAUAAAUCACUUAAGAAAAUUGGAACGCCAGUGAACAUCAUUAGUGGUGUGACUUCAUUUAUUAAGGUACCACCACCCAAGCCAUCACGUGAAGACUUGGAACAAAAGAGACAAGCGGAUAUACAGAAGAAGAGAGACCGAGCUGAGGAGUCAAGACAGAAGAAGGAAGAAUUACUGAAAAUGAGAGCAGAAGAGAAGAAAAGACAAAAUGAGGAGAGGAUGAAACGAGUACAAGAAGCCCGUGAAGAAAGAGAACGUAAAGCUAUAGAAGCACAGGAACAGCAGGAGAAAGACAGAAAGAUUCGGGAGGAAAGGCUAAAAGAGGAACAGCAACGCAAAAAACAACAACUUCUUGCCAAGAAGCGGGCAGAAGAAGAGGCUAAAAUUCGGAAGAUUAGAGAACAGCAUGAAGAAGAGGAGCGACGAAAGCAGGAAGAGGAGGCAAGGAAAGUAAUAGAAGAAGAAGAAAGACGAGCUGAAGAGGCCAGAAAGUUGGAGGAGAAGCGUGUGCUUAUGGCAGAGCAACGCAGACUGCAAGAAGAGAAAAAGCGGAAAAUGGCUGAAGCAGAGCGCAUUGCCCGUGAAAAAAGAGAAUUGGAAAAUCUUCGAUUGCGGGAAGCUAAGCGUGGUGCUGGAGAAAGUCAAGUUAAAAUUGUCCCUAUGAUAGUUCAAAAGGUCGCAUUAAAUGAAACUUACACUGCAACUGAUAAUAAGGAAAAUGCUGGCCACAACAGUACAUUCACCAAAUCCUCUGGUAACAGUCAGUCCAGUUCUGAUGUGGAGACUGCACAGAAAAGCAAGAAAAUUAAAAGUAAAGAAUAUGUUAACUACAACAUACUAGACAUUAAGAGUGAUGACUCGACAGAUGAUGAGAAAGAUCCAAAGAAGAAAAUUCCCUUUUGGGCUACAAAAACGCAAAUGACAGUUUGUUGUAUUCAACAAGAGCACUUUCCACCUGUGAUUGAAGAUAUCUUCCCCCCAGCAGAACUUCUUGCUAUGCCUGAUCUCUCCUCAAUGUUCCCUAUUCAACGCAAAAGAUUCAACAAAAGAACAUCUAGUGCCAUAUGGAACACACCACCUGCUAAAUUUUUAGCGCUGAAUUAAAUUUAACUCCAUUUAGGAUGUUUAGUCUCCAGUGUAUCUUGAUCACUCUGAGACUGGUCUUGACAGAAACCUCUCUUGGUAGCCUUGUUUCAGCACACUUGUCUGGUUCAAAACCCCCUUCAGGUAGCCUCGUCUUGGCAUACUUCUAACCUGAAACCACCACUUGGUAGCCUGGUUUCGGCACACACUCUAAUCUGAAACCCUUUCUGGUAGCCUUAUCUCAGCAUCUUCUUCUAAUCCUGUUUUCAUUUCAUAGUGGGACUGCUUCUGUAUAUGCCCUUUCACUUUCCAGUUAAAAAAUAUUUAUUGUCCAUUUUUUUCUCUCCUCCCUCCCUCUUUAUAUUUUUCCAUGGAUUUAUAUGUUCCCACCCUAUAGUAUUCCUUCUAACUCAUUUGUCAUUAAAUUAGUUUUAUUUUCUACUACCCAGUACAGUAUUUUUUUCAAAUAUAUUUGACAAAUUUAAUAUUUCAGGAGAAAUUGUCAACUCUAGCUAUUAGGCAUGACAAUUUAUUUAGGUGUGUGUGUGUGUGUGUAUAUAUAUAUAU